AUGGCGAACGAGGAGGAGAUAAGCAAAGAAGAAAGACUUGAGCAAGCCCGGAAGAAGUUUGAGGAAUUGAAGAAAAAGAAGAAAGGAAAUAAAAAGAAGGGCAAGGCUGGAGACCACGAACGCGAAAGCAAAGACAAGGAAAUACACGACGACAGCUCCAUGGAAACAGUGGCAAAUACAGCAAUAGAUUUAGAAACAACUGAAGCCACUACAUCUAUCGGUUCUGAAAAGCCUGCGACUCUUAAUAAUGGCAUCUCAGGGACCAAAUCUACUAUCAAGGAACAAGGCCAAACUAUAGUAGAAAACCAUAAAUUUGAUGAUAACGACGAUCAUUACGAUAACGAUCGCGAAGGCCAAGAAUUUUCGAAAACCGGGAUCAUGAGUUCUUCUGAUUUGUCUGGCAUGGAUACCGUUAGUGCAGUCAAAAAACAAUUUAUGUUGGUAGACGAAACCAAAUCUCAAUAUGCAGAGGAAAUUCACGGGACCGCCCCUUCAAAGCAGGUGACAUACCUAGAAGCAAAGCUUCGCGAUACGGUUGAACAGAAUUCCAACCAUUUGAAAGAAAUUCUGGAACUAAAAUCAACUCAAGCACGAUUGAAGUCAAGAAUUAGUUCGCUAGAAGAGAAGCUGCAAUCUUCUGAGCUUCUGAUUGAUCGCUUGCGGCGACAACUGAGUGACAAAACUGAUGGCCUAUCAUGUGCUGGUGUCCCCAAAAGCGGUGAAACAUUCAGUAAUUCCUCACCUCAAAAAGACUCCCUUACAAAAUCGUCCCCUAGCUUCCAAACAUUCAACAGUUUUAAUAACUUGGCAAACGACUAUCUUGACAUAGUCGACAUCCGUGAGCGUUUGGGCCAAUGGAAAGGUUGGAACCUAGACAUGAAAUCAUGGAGAAGUGUUGGAAGCGGGUCACUACUAGAACUCUAG